AUGGACAUGCUGAGUCUGAGAGGCACAGUGGCCGCACAGCCCACAAGCUCGCGGCGAGGUGCAGGUGCAGCAUCGGCUGUCCAGCCACCGGCUCAUGUACGUAGUGGCAUCUCGACGAAGGCUCUCCCCCUGGGCCUUCUCGGCUGCGCGCUCUUGGCAAGACGCGCGCAGGCGCUGAGCCGCAGCCGCAUUGGCCGAGCUAGCGCCGAGGUAGAGGAAGCUCCCAAACGGCUGAGAAGGAGGCGCAGAGUUCCUAAGUCAAAGCCACAGACGGAGAUCACCUCAGACAUGCUUACCCUGAACACCUGCAACUGCGAUCUCAUUCUGGACACUGUGGUCGAGUUCGAGGACCUCCUUGCGCCUAACGAGGCACGUGCGCUGCUCGAAGCGGCCCGAGUCACCGCCGAGACGAAUGGAUGGGGAGCAGCAACGCACGAGAAGUACGGCACGAAA